AUGAGCUGGCAAGAUUAUGUCGAUAAACAGUUAAUUGCAUCCAGAUGUGUUUCAAAGGCUGCAAUUGCCGGUCACGAUGGAAAUGUCUGGGCUAAAUCGGAAGGCUUUGACAUAUCAAAAGACGAGGUGGCCAAGAUAGUGGCUGGUUUUGAAAACGAAUCACUACUCACCAGCGGUGGUGUGACGAUAGCGGGCACGCGGUACAUCUACCUCAGCGGUAACGAGCGCAUCAUUCGCGCUAAACUCGGCAAAGUCGGAGUUCACUGCAUGAAGACGCAGCAAGCUGUUGUAAUUUCUCUCUACGAAGAACCGAUCCAACCCCAGCAAGCUGCUUCCGUAGUGGAGAAGUUAGGAGAUUAUUUAGUGAACUGUGGUUAUUAG